AUGUGCUUGCUCUUGACUGUUCAAUCGAUCCUAUUCCUACAAACAUUGGCAUUUCAACAGGAAAAAUUUGCACCUAGCCUUCGCAAUAGAGUGGCGAGUACCAUGAAUGCAGCUGCUAAUGAAAAAAUCGUGUCAGAUUUGACGUUUCGUCGACCUUUGGCCGAAGAUAUUCCAACGUGUUUUGAAAUUGAAUCUGCAUCCUAUCCCGGAGAUGAGGCAGCAUCACUGGACUCGUUAUAUAAUCGACAGUCAAAUGCCGGAGACUAUUUUCAGUGCGCAAUCUUUGACGGGAAUAUUGUUGGCUUUGUGUGCGCCACGAGAUGUUCCUUGUUCGAAGAAGAGAGCAUGUCUACCCAUGACCCGGAAGGUAAACUAUUAGCAAUUCAUUCGGUAGUGGUGCAAGAGAAAUACCGACGUAAAGGGAUUGCCUCGGCAAUGUUGAAGUGCUAUGUGGAAAAGGUCCAGGUGGAGAACAUAGACGGAAGCAUCGAAUCUAUGGUUUUGUUGGCCAAAGCUCAUCUGCUGGGAUUCUAUGUCAAAUGUGGCUUUCAGGUCAAUCGACCGAGCCCAAUUGUCCAUGGUCAGGAGCUUUGGUUUGAGCUGGAGAAAUCCACAGUUCGAGGACUUCCUUUGGAUGGACAAGAAACAUGGUUUUGCAAAACGGAGACUUUCAAAAGACCAUUUCCUGAAGUGAAGCCUCACUUGGAAGCGCACAAAGAUUGGGUAAAACAGCUUCGACAACAUGGAUACUGCAUUACGUCUGGUUACCGGGUUGAUUCCGAAGGAAAGCCGGGAGGGGGUGGGCUCAUGUUUCUUGCGGCAAAGAGCUAUGAUGCGGCCCAGAAACUUGUGCUUCAGGAUCCUCUUGUUGCUAGUGAUUGCGUAGAUUGGCAGUUGAAUGGUUGGAUCGGACAGGUUGGCGAUAUACAAAUGCGCUAA